UUGCAGGUGAACUGUGUAUUAUCAACGUCAUUAUCAGCACCAAUAAUACUCAAACAGCGGCUGAAAUCAUUCGGCAAUUAUUGCGGAAAAUUUUGCACUGAAGACUGGGGCAACGAUCAUAAUGGACGACGAGUGUAUGGUUCGAUAAUGCUAAGCGUACAGUUCCUCGUACCGCUCAUAAUCAUCACGUUCUGCUACACCGCCAUUUCAUUCAAAUUAGGCAAACAACGAGCAGCUGUGAAACGUCGGCAAAGAACCAACCGAAUGCUGAUCGGAAUGGUCGUAGCAUUUUCGGCAAGCUGGUUCACCAGUGUACUGUUCAAUGUGCUUAGGGACUAUGAUCGUUUACCGGCUUGGUUCCGUGCUCAAGAAUAUUUUUUCGGGAUCGCAACCCAUUGCAUUGCCAUGUCUUCCACUAUAUGGAAUCCACUGUUGUAUGCAGCGCUCAACUUACAAUUGCGUGCUGCUUUUUUACGUUUAUUACCGGACUGUGUAAGAUUAGGCAAUUCGCGAAGUAGUACACUCAACGAUAAGCCACUGCUUCCGCACAGCAAAAGUGGUAAUCGAAAUGGAAGAAGUCGAACUACAGAAAGUGAUGAGAGGAGACGGCAAGUGCAAUUUUUCAUGCAUUUUUACGUCAAUUAAGA